GGGGUCCCAACCAGCCGGCCUCCUGAGCCAGAGCCCCGAGCUGGUGGGUCUCAGCGCGGGCUCGAUAAUACUCAUCCUGGCCCUGGGGGAGAAACUGAAGAAGUUUUUGAAAUACAAAGAGUAAAUGGGGCUUGACCUCUGCUGGGCAGCCCCCAGCUCUAGGCAUUCCCCGGCUGAGCAGAGAAGAUGACUGCAGAAUUGAGAGAGGCCAUGUCCCUGGCCUCUUGGGGCCCUGUGACAGUGAAGAAGGAAGAGGAAGAGGAGGAGGAAAACUUCUUAGUUCAAGCUUCCAGCCAGCAUGUGUACUCUGAGAACAUCAAAGUCUGGGCCUCUGGGGAGUGUCCUCAGACAGGCCUAGAUGUAUCAAAACAGGAAGAAAAGGGUCAAAACAUGUUCUGGGACAUGGCAGUGGUCCUGAAAGCAACGCAGGAGGAGUCUGCUUCUUCACCCCUUGGCAGUUACUCACUACCGGGGACUCUGGCCAAGAGAGAGAUACUGGAGACUCCUGGAAACAUGACCACUCUAGAUGCUGAUUCCAAGAACCCACAGUUCUUGGUUCCAAAAACUGAAAUAUGUGAUGAAACAGAAAAAGCCUUCCUAAUAUCAGAACAAGUGCAGAAAGAUGACCCUCCAGGACCUGAGUUUGGAGAAACCUGUGAAAAAGGGAACAUGUUAAAAAGGCAGAGAGUAAAGCGGGAGAAGAAAGAUUUCAGAGAAGUGACAGUGAAGGACUGUCACAUACCUGAAAACUUCAAAGAGGAAGACCAGAAAUGUCACAAGUAUGGGGAAAGGUACAGCUUUAGUUCUGGUCCUGCUAAAAAUCAGAAAAGCCAGCCGGGGCAGAAACCUUUCACCUGCAGCGUGUGUGGGAAAGGGUUUAGUCAGAGUGCAAACCUCGUGGUGCAUCAGCGGAUCCACACUGGGGAGAAGCCUUUUGAAUGUCAUGAGUGCGGGAAGGCCUUUAUUCAGAGUGCAAACCUCGUCGUCCAUCAGCGGAUCCACACUGGACAGAAGCCGUAUGUUUGUUCAAAAUGUGGGAAGGCCUUCACUCAGAGUUCAAAUCUGACUGUCCAUCAAAAAAUCCAUUCCUUGGAAAAAACCUUUAAGUGCAGUGAAUGUGAGAAAGCCUUCAGUUACAGCUCGCAGCUUGCUCGGCACCAGAAAGUGCACAUUACAGAAAAAUGCUAUGAAUGUAAUGAGUGUGGGAAAACAUUUACCCGGAGCUCAAACCUCAUUGUUCACCAGAGGAUCCACACCGGGGAGAAGCCCUUUGCCUGUAAUGACUGUGGCAAAGCCUUUACCCAGAGUGCAAACCUUAUUGUGCAUCAGCGAAGCCACACCGGUGAGAAGCCAUAUGAGUGUAAAGAGUGUGGAAAAGCCUUCAGUUGUUUCUCGCACCUUAUCGUGCACCAGAGAAUCCACACUGCAGAGAAGCCGUACGACUGCAGUGAGUGCGGAAAAGCCUUCAGCCAGCUCUCCUGCCUUAUCGUGCACCAGAGGAUACACAGUGGAGAUCUUCCUUACGUGUGCAACGAGUGUGGGAAGGCCUUCACGUGUAGCUCAUACCUACUUAUUCACCAGAGAAUCCACAAUGGGGAAAAACCCUACACUUGCAACGAGUGUGGCAAGGCCUUCCGGCAGAGGUCGAGCCUGACCGUGCACCAGAGAACCCACACUGGGGAGAAGCCCUACGAAUGUGAGAAGUGUGGGGCGGCUUUCAUUUCCAACUCUCACCUCAUGCGGCACCACAGAACCCAUCUUGUUGAGUGACAAGUAGAGGAAGGGGAAGACCUUAGCCAUUGAGCAUAACUCCACCCCCAAAUUAGACUCUGCCUUGCUGUUUCUUUCCUUUAUAAAAUGAAGUCUGCUGUGUCUUUAAGAGCGACCGUUUUCAGGGAUGCAGCACAAAACAAAAGCAGACAUUUUCAGAGGCUAAUGUAAAGAACAUGAAACCAAGCGCACAAAGCAAAGCCUUUGCCCUGAGUGGUCACGAUUUCUAAAAUUCAAUGUGGCUUUCUUAGAAAGGGGUCAGACAAAGCUAAGUGAUAAAGUUCCCAUUUGGGAAAAGAUAUUUUUUACUUAAUUUUGUUUUUUAAAACUUGGGAUUUUUUGAACAGCAGGCAGGUACCUGUGUAGGUCUGUCUGGUGGAAUUCUGGAGCUUUGAACCUUGUUUGCUAGUAUUUUGAGCUAACUAGUGGCUAGUUAAGACAACCAGUUGGGGUAACCAUUCACCUCUGAGCAUUUAUAAGUUUUCCAUUCCCUCGGUAAUCUUUUUUUUUUUUUUUUUUAAACUAAAAGCCAAUGAACUAUCUACUAUUACUAAAACAGAAGUAGGGAAUGGCCCUUUCUUUCCUUGUCUCUUGAGCCUCGUGUGCUGAGCUCUGGGCCCCUCUGAGGAGUCUCUUCUGCCUUUCUCCAGUCUGUAUGGCCAAGUUCUUGAGGCUGGAUGGAGAUAGCAUACCAGGGCCCAAGUGUUUCUGGGCUGUAUGUUUUGCUAAGAUCAGCAGUUCUCCAAAUAACCUAGCCCUUAAUACCCAGGACAUUCCAUUUGAGCGAGAUUCUACAAACAGCUUCCUUGAUGGAAGAGUCAAAGAAUAAAGCUUGCCUAGAGACAGGCUUCCUUGUCUUCGCUCUCAUUCUGCUCACAUCCAGCCAGGGGCUCAUUGGGGUUUCGAUCUCACUUUCUGAUGGUCUUUAGAGGAAAUAUAGAGCUCUUUUGAUUUUUGAGAGGAUCAGAGAAAGGAAAGGAAAGGGAGGAGGCAAGCGUGGGAGUCCCACGGUCUUGAUUUGUCAUUUCUUAAGACAUUCAGAGGGAUUGGAAUGUGAAAACUUAGAAGGAUGAAGAAACUGGCCAAGCUCCUCCAGCCUCUGCUCUGGUCGGUCCUCCGUGUUAUCUCUGCUCACUGGUCUCCUGUUACCCUGGGCUCUGUUGUGUCCUGAGUACUGUCUUACUCUUCAUUCACCCCCUAAUUUAUCUGCCUCCUCUCUUUUGGUCAUCUGCCAAGAAAGAGUAUGUGGAAAUCAAAACUGUUGAGAACUUGUACGAGUAAAACAAUUUUCUCUGCCCUCACAUUUGGUUUGUAAUUGGGCUCUGGAAUUUUCAGUUGAAAAAUUUCUCUAGAAGGUUACAGUCGUACAGCAUCACCAUUGCUAAGAAAAUGUCUGAGCCUCGUUUUCGUUUUUCUGACAGUCAAUAAAUACUAUUUACACUGCUAUGGUGUGUCUCCCC